AACUUGUCUGUGACAGUUUUCUUUUUUUAUUUUUAUUUUUAUUUUUUUUUUUAAAAAAAGUAAACUUUAAUUUUUAAAAGAAACAAAACUUUAUUUUUUAAAAGAAACAAAAAAAAUAAAAUAAUAGUUUUACUUUCGUAAAAACGUUAAAAUUUUUAGCUGUAAAUUUCAUAAAUUUCAUAAAUUUCAUAAUAUUGCAUUUCAAACCUUUAUUUUUUAUUUCACUCAAAACUUCACCUACUUUUAUCUUCACUUAACAACAAAAGAUAAUCAUUAAAAGAUGUACCUAAAAUCUACACAUACUCAACUUACGGAUGGUGGCCAUCAAUGGGAAGUUACACUAUUUUGUAGUGCUGAAUCAAAUAGUAUAGGAUCAGUUGAUAUUAUUCCAAAGUCAAAAGGUGGAAAAGUCGUCCCAAAUAAUGCUAAACCGAGACCCACUGCCUAUACAAUGAUUUAUACUUUAUCAAAAUAUGAUCAACCACCAUAUAAAUUUACAGCUACAAUAACAUUUGAUAAAAAGAAUACAACGAAAACUGUCAGCGUACCUGCUAAUAUGGCUACUGAUAGAAAGAGAAGAAAAGCUGAUGGUAGUGUUGAUGAUGGUUAUGAUGAUGAACAUUCUGAAAAAGUUGAACAACCUCCUCAACCUUCUGAAAAAGAUCGUAAAAAAGGGAAAAAAUUCUUAUGCUUCAAUUUUGGUGGAAAAUCGAAUCCUUUAUCGGAAAAAGAUGGUGAUGUACAACCACCUAAAGGUUGUUGCGCUUGUACUAUUAUGUGAUUGGUAACAGAGAUUAUCAUUAAUUGAUUUAUCUUAUAGUUGCCUUUGAAGAAAUAAGGAGUAAAGAAUGACGUUAACGACGGUUGCGCCAUUUAAAUUCAUUUUAUCAUGAGAGAAGGGAAUCAAAUGAAUUUUUUCACUUUUUUUUAAUGACCAAAAAAUAUAUUGAUCAAAUAUAUAUGACCAAAUCCGAAAAAAAAAGAAGAACGAUUACACGAAUUAAUCCAAUUUUAUCUUUCUUUUAUACCGAGAACAUAUAACCAGUUAUAUAUAUAUAUAUAUACACAUU